AUGCAAGAAAGACCGACCACGGUCGCUGCAUACGCGGCCGGAGCCUCGCUCGCCGCAGUCGCGCUAUUCUACGUCUUCGGUCCAAAUUACACGCUCGACGGCGAUGAGUCCAAUGACAGCAACCGCAAAAAGAGCAUCGUGGGCCUAUCAAACCUAGCCAAUGACUGCUUCAUCAACUCAGUGUUGCAAGCACUGGCAGGUCUGGGCGACCUGCGCGUCUAUCUGAUCCGUGAGCUGCACCGACGUGAGUUAGACGGAGCAGAGGUUUACCACGCGGUUCCAGGCCCGAACGAGCUAUCGCGCGGCCAACGACCAGACAAAGAGCGGGGAUUACAGCAAGGGCUUAUUACAAGAGCGUUGAAAGAGAUGCUGGAUCGAUUGAAUGAGCGCCCCAUCUCCAAGAAGACUAUUUCGGCGCGCGGAUUCAUCCAGGCGCUGGAGUUUGCGUUCCGCACGCGCAUCAGCCGGAAUCAGCAGGACGCGCAGGAAUUCUUACAAAUUGUGCUGGAAAGACUAUGUGACGAGUACCAUGCGGGUGUACGAGCGAGACAGCGAGCAAUCGCACUCGAUAGCGCAUCUGCUGGCUCCGGCGAAAUGGGAGCCGUGUCUGAGAGCCCGUCGGAGGUGGAAGUGCGCAUUGACGAUGGAUCUGAAAAUGGAUUACCGGCUAUUAUUGACACGAAAUUGAAGGCGAUUGACGAUGAGCCGGGAUUCCCAUUCGAAGGAAAGUUGGAAUCUCAGAUCGUGUGUCAGUUUUGCCACUACGAGUAUAAACCGAAUCAGACGGCCUUUGUCAACCUCACGUUGCAGGUGCCGCAGAAAAGCUCUACGACGCUUAACAACUGUUUCGAUGGACUGUUGAAGACAGAGUAUAUCGAAGAUUUCCGCUGUGACCGCUGUCGGUUGAUGCACGCCGGUGAAUUCAAGAAGGCGGAGCGAGUCCGGGCGCGUUCCAAGAGCGAGCAGGAGCGGCUGGAUCAAGAGAUCACGCGAAUCGGAGAAGCAUUGAAUACGGAUCCUGAGAGUGAGCUGGAGGGAAUCAUUCUACCGCCGUCAGAACUUGCACCCAAGCGACGAAUUGCCCGGCAUAUGCGCAUCGUUUCAUUCCCCAAGGUCAUUGCGAUUCAUCUGUCACGGUCGAUCUUCGAUCGUAGCAGUUCAACCAAGAAUGCGGCCAAGGUAUCGUUCCCAGAACGAUUGCCUCUGGGAGGCAUUCUGAGCCAAACCUGGUACAAAUUGUUAGCUAUUGUCUGCCACAAGGGUAGUCACCACAGCGGCCACUACGAGUCCUUUCGUCGCAACCAUCUGUACGCCCCAUUCUCAACGCCAGAAGCCUUCAGCUCCUACGCACAGAGCCGUGUAAACAGUGUCAGCCCUUCAACUGCACCGAGUCCGCGAUUGGCACCGCGCAGCAGCCCCGACCUAGACACGGGCGGGAGCAGCAGCAUUUCAACCGCGACCUCGACCACCUCGCUCUCGAACACCUCGCCCACCUCCCAGCCCACGCCUUCCCUACCGCGUCCCUCCUUCCAAAGCAGUCAAUCUCAUUCCCGCUCCUCAACCCCUCAACCCACCGACUCAGAUAGCAACAGCCCGACCCCGGACAGGGGCCGGUUCAGUACAUCGUCUGCCCCGCGCCCCUCCCGAACCAUUCCCCGCUCGUCCACCGAGACGGCGGGGGUAAGUGCGCGGCUUCGUCGUCGUCGCAAGCCGAAUGAUCGCUGGUGGCGCAUUUCAGACGAGAAGAUCAAAGAAUGCAAGACUUCUGACGUGUUGGGCAUGCAGAAAGAGGUCUACCUGCUGUUUUACGAGAUUGAGCGACCCGACACAAGCCCCGCGGUGGCUGAAGGGCGCCUGUGA